CCCAAUCGUCCCCAGGAAUGACACGGUCGACUGCACAUUUGAUAUGGCGACUGAAUCGAAUUGGACCGGCUUUGUAUUUCAAAUUUGUUUUGUUUUGUCGCAUUACCCACACAAAAGCGGGCGGUUUGCUUACAACUAAUUACCGCCGUACUCCAUUCAAAGCAAUUGAGCGGAUAAUUUCGGCAGAAAAAAGAGUCAUUGUUCUGCGCAGUGACCUUUAGAAAUCUGGCUAUGACUCCAUCUCGAGGGUAUAAUUUUUCUCUCACUGGAUCUUGUACUGUAUCAUGUGUUCUUCUGCAUCCAUCAUUAUUGCUCACUUAAACCCAAGAGCUUGUUUAUGGCGAAUAUUAAGGUAUUUGCACGUUUGAAGCCGUGUCAGAAUAUAAAUCAGGAACUCAUCCGCUAUGAAGAUGAAGCGAUUUGUAUUCAGUCGCGUCGAGAAGUUACUUCGCACUCCAUUAGUUCUGGAUCCUCUAAUCUACCGGAAUCGAUCAGAUUUCGGUUUGCACACGUUUUCGGAACGGAUUCGUCGCAAAAUAAUGUGUUCGACGUGGCCGCAAAGGAUAUAGUCAAAGGAUUUAUGGAAGGCUACAAUGGAACAAUAUUUGCUUACGGACAAACAGGAGCUGGGAAAACUUAUACUAUUCAAGGGGAAAUUGAGAGUGUCACCUCAUCCAACAACAAUGGAAUCAUUUUGCAAAGUCUGUCCAUGAUUUUUGACCACAUUAGUCAAGUUGAGCAUGAAACAAUCAGUAUUCAUGUUUCAUUCAUGGAAAUCUACAAAGAGAUGGCAUUUGAUUUGCUGGGAUUUAUCCAGGGUAAAGAUACAGGGAAAGCCAAGCAGGUUCUGGUUACAAUGGCUGGGGACGGUGUCUGCCAUCUUCAUGGAAUUUCUCAUCAUCAUGUACAAUCAUUCGAUGAAGCCGCAGGGUUAUAUCAGUUGGGCAUGGCAUGCUGCAAAACUGCUGAAACACCUGACAAUAAAAGAUCGUCCAGAUCACAUACUGUGUUUAGCAUUAAAAUGCUCCGUCAAAGGCCUGGUGAAGAGAUAUUUUUGAGGUCAAAGCUGAUCUUGGUGGAUCUUGCUGGAUCAGAGCAAGUUGGGAAAUCAGGAAGUGAUAGGAAACAACAUAGUGAAUCAAAAUACAGCAAUCUUUCUCUGCAUCACUUGGAAACUGUAAUUAUUGCUCUUCAGAGGUUUCGCAUGAGGUGUAUGAGGAAGAAACAAACUGGAAAAUAUUUAUGCCAUAGCUCUAGUGCCAUCAUGCAGCAAACAAGAGAUGCAGCACUGAUUCCUAAGCCAGCAUUGAGUGCUAAAUUGAAGAGUGCAAGUGCAUUUGAGUUGGGAAAAGAAAGUGUGUCGUCCCAUUCUUCUGACUGUGACCAAACCCAUGUGCCCUAUGGGAAUUCCCUUCUGACCAUGAUAUUACAAGACAGCUUAGGAGGAAACUGUAACACAGCUAUGAUUACAGCAUUGUCCCUUGAUGAGGAGAACCUGCCAGAGACCAUUGCCACGUGCAGGGUUGCUCAAAGAGUUGCACGGAUUCUCAACAAGCCAGUACGCAACGAAGAGAUUGACAAAAAUAUGGUUAUAAGACGGCUUCAAAAAACUUUGGCAAAACUACACUUAGAACUAGCACAUUACAAGAAGCAGAACAAGCUGCUGUUUUUACCGUUGGAGCAUCAGAACAGCCUAAACGACGAAGAAGAUUGUGUAGUGGUGAUGCAGGCUUUCCUUGCUGGUAGAAUAAGAGAUCCGGUGUCACACGGUAUAGAUACACCUACGAAGUUCCGCACCUCAUUGCGAUACUUGCGUCGGGUGCUUGGGGAAGUGAGAACGCAAUGCUUAGAUGACAAGGAUAGCGGUGUACGCACGGGCAGUGAGCCUGCAUCACCACUGACCAGCGAAGGGGAAAAUGACGGGCACUUGGUGUCCAGUUUCAUCGAAAAGCUGCCUUUUCCCGUUGGCGAUCUGUCUCAACACAGAGAAAGUAUUACCACCCAGGAAAGUGGCAUUUCUUUCACCACCGAACACGAGGGACCAACGACCGAUGGAAAGGAAUAUUCUUCUCCAGACUACCCUUACAGAACCCCUCAGCGGCCGGGGCCUGAAAAUGGUCAGCCUUGUACUCAGACCAGCCUGCACAAAAUUCGAGAGAGAAGGAAACUCCACCAAAGGGACGCGUCUGUCGGGACUGAUCAGCCAGUUGAAGAAAAAGAUGUAACGAUAGCUGAGCUCGAACUUGAGAGGGAGACGCUUUGGGACAAAAGCAAAACAUUUACGUCUCGGUUGAUGGAUCAGCGCGCCCGUCUUGUCAUGAUGUCGAGACAAGGCAAUCCUCCGGAAGAAUUAGAAAAUGAGAAAAUCGCGGAGUUUCAAUUAGAGAAAAAGAAGCGUGACGUGGAGAGUAAGCUGUCUUCAGUGAUAAAGAAACUUGCUGAUUUGAAACACACAGAACGAGCCAGACAGCUGUCCCAGCCCAACCAGUGCCAUCAAGUACCAGCUAAUACUGUUGAGAAAUUAAAGCUCAAAGAGCAGUGUACUCGUCAAAAAUUGUUAUCGCGAAGAGAGCAGAUGAAAAGCUUGGUUUUCUCAUCGUGUACACAGUCACACCAGCAAGUGCCUUCCACUGCAAGCUUCUGCUCUGGAUCCGUUUACGAUUCCAGCUUGUCAAGGCCGUCUUCGACGACGUUACCGAAGCCAGAAAGUGACAUACGAUACCUUUGCCGUACUCCACCGGGUUCUUCAAUCUCGUCUACUUCCUCUUCGCAUUGUAGAGUUCUCCGAGGCAAACCCACCGCGUCGAGUAGAGCGCCGAGUUGUUGCUCACACCAGACAUGGAGAAUGCCUUCCUGUUCUCAAAGUUCUUUAUCCAAGAGAGGAGAUUCUAGCAAGAGAUUAUCACUCAGCAGAGAUGUGAAGUGCAGAACAUUGGAAAAUGCGAGCAAAGCUUGCCCGCUUGUCCAAUACAUGAGUAAUUCUCACCGUGCUUUGUACCACAAGUCGACAUUUCCACGUCGUAUAGACUCUGACGGAUUUUGUAGCUUGCGUGGAACAAAACGUAUCCAGAGAACAGAGUCAAAAAAGCAAGUAAAACCACCAAAUAAUGAACCUAACGUGUCGAGGAGCUCUUCGAGUGUUCCUCUGGAAUUGGACAGACACGUUGCAAAUCUCAGUGAGAAGGAUCGGGUCAUUACAUUACCUCCAGACGAAACGGUUCCCGAAAGAGUUUCGGUCGCACUCGAUCACUCUGACCACAACGACGAAGAAGAUAAAUUAACAAAUUUGGAGAAUUUUCACCAAGUGGGAUCAGGCCAAGCAACAGGUAACAAGGCUGGAGAAGAACCAAAUUUCACCUCUGUGAUUCUUCUCAAAAGUCGGGAAGAGAAAAAGAGAAGAAUGGAAAUUCGGAAAUUUUUCAAUGCGGCGGAGGUAAUACAAAGAACCUGGCGUACACACAAGAGAAAAAAGAAAGGGGAGAAAUCCUAAAUAAUGAAUUCAAAAAACUGUAACACUUACAUUUUUAAGUUAUUCUCAACAAUUUAAAAUUGAGUUAGCAUCGUGCAGUGAUAAAAAAAAAACGACUGGAAAAAAGUGAAAAAAAAUAAAUAAAUAAAAAAAAUAAGGAGAAAGAGAGAAACUGAAUUAUGGAACCAAAGGCGAAAUUUGGCUUGUGUCAGCCAAGAGAGCAUCACACAACCUUUUCUUGAUCAGAAAGGAGUCCUGUGGAUCUUCCUGCAACGCUACAAUUUAUUUGCGAUAGCCAUUUACAAACCUUGUAUGAGUUACAUUUAAACAUCGGUAACGAAAGUUGCUGCGAGAAAAUCAAAUUCUCGUCUCUGCAUCUGAUACAAAUCCAAGUUCAAUUCAGCUGGCAUCGGAAAUGCUCGGCAUCAGUUAUGAUGUCGAUAUAAUAUAGAAUUUUUUCUGUUUUAGGACAAGUAAUGGUGAAGAACUAAAUACCUUCUAAAAGAAUCUAAAUAUCAACUCAAACGUUUUGAACCAUUCAUGCACUAGCUACGUAUAUAAACUUACACAAAGAACUCGCGGGAACGACUCGCAUGUAUUUUAAUAAAACCUAUGGAUCCAGACUUGU